CCAAUGCUCCAGUAGGUAACACUUACGAUCCAGGAUUUCAAGGUAAAACGGCUGCUUCAUGGCCUGCUGGUUCAUCGCAAACAUUUCAAAUAUUUGUUUCCCAAAUCCAUUCACCGGAAAACCAAACUAUUUAUCCCACUGAUGGUUGGCAAAUUCGUUAUCGGGAUGGUACACAGCCUGGUUCAAUAUUUUCUCCGAUUGCAUUUACUUAUUUAAAUACAUCAAUAUCAGGAUCCAUUGGUCUUGCUCCGGCCAUUAGAUUUCAGUUAGGUCAGACAGUUUUGGCUACAAUUACUGUCCCCUUGAAUACGACUACAGACGGCAUAUUUCAAUUCUUUUGGCGUAAUAAUGAAGUCGGUCCAGGUGUCAUGUGGUUAUCGUGUGUCGAUGUUACCAUUACAGCUCUUGGCACCAUUUCAGCUCCGACAACAUAUAUUAUUGUUCUUGCUACUCUUUUGACCGCUAUUAGUGCAGUAUUAAAUCUAUAA